AUGGCUCUCCCAUUGCCAACAAAAUUCAAGAUGCCUCAACUUGAUAGUUUUGAUGGAACGCGUGACCCCCUCGACCACUUAGAAACUUUCAAGUCCUUCAUGAACUUGCAGGCUAUUAUGGAUGAGAUCAUGUGCAGGGCUUUCCCCACAACACUCAAAGGGUCAGCCUGGGUUUGGUUUAAUAAAUUGAAGCCAGGAUCUAUCAACGACUUUGAUGAACUCAUUAAGCAGUUCAUAAGGCAUUUUAUUACAGGGAUGAGACAUCGAAAUCCAGCUACUUAUCUGUUGAAUGUUAAGCAAGACAAAGGGGAGUCAUUACAUGAUUAUAUUGGGCGUUUUAAUACGGAGAUGUUGCAGGUUGACGAUGUGGAUGAUAAGGUUACCCUUACAGCCUUUAUGGGAGGGUUACAAUCCUCCAAGUUCUUAUUUUCCUUGUCAAAAGACCCACCAAACAGCAUGGUAGAGUUAUUAAUAAAGGCCCAGAAAUAUAUGAAUACUGAAGAUGCCAUGAAUUCAAGAAAAGGCAAAAGAGUCCACGAUAAGAAAGGAGAUAAGAAAAGCCAAAUCCUCCUGCAGAUCCAAGAUGACCACUCCUUAAAAUGGCCCCUAAAGUUGAAGUUAGAUCCAACGAGAAGAUCUAGGGAUAAGUAUUGCCGGUUCUAUAGAGACCAUGGGCAUAAUACCGAUGAUUGCUUCGACUUGAAGAACAAGAUAGAAAGCCUAAUUCGACGGGGGCAGUUGCAUAGAUAUGUUACAGAACGUGAAAAAGGUGCAACUCAACCUACCCGUGAGAAUAGAAAGAACAACCCUCCUGGCCGCCCGUUGGGAGAAAUAAAGGUGAUUAUGGGAGGAUUUGCUUGUGGGGGAGAAUUAAGCUUGGCACGAAAAGCCCAUAUCAGAAGAGUCCGGAGCUCGGCAAGAGUGAAUGAAGUUAAAAUUCAUGAACCCCCGCCGAAGUCUCCUAGAGUGGAGGGCCAGGACAUUACCUUUUAA